AUGGCUCUCCUGUGGCUACUGAGCUGCCUGGCGCUGGCGGGCUCUGCCCGUGCCACCCUCUCUGUGGAGAACUGCGGCGUGCCCGCCAUCCCACCUGUCAUCCGUGGCUACAACCGCAUCGUCAACGGGGAGCCAGCGGUGCCAGGGUCCUGGCCGUGGCAGGUCUCCCUCCAGCGCUACGAUGGCUUCCACUUCUGCGGCGGGUCGCUGAUCAGCGAGAACUGGGUGGUCACCGCUGCCCACUGUGGCGUCAGGACCACCGACACCGUGGUGGUGGGUGCGUACGACCAGGACUCGCCCUCCCCUGACGAGCAGAGGCUGUCCAUCGAGAAGGUUUUCAAGAACCCCAAGUUCAACAUGCUGACCAUCCGUGACGACAUCACCCUGAUCAAACUGGCCACCCCGGCGCAGCUGUCGGACCGUGUGUCCCCCGUCUGCCUGCCCCAGGCCACCGACGACUUCCCCGGGGGCAUGACCUGUGUCACCACUGGCUGGGGGCUCACUGACCCCAAAGCCUCCCAGACUCCGCCGGUGCUGCAGCAGGUGGCCCUGCCCCUGCUCACCAACACCCAGUGCAAGCAACGGACCCCCGCAGCUCGGCAGGGGGGAGCAGUGGCCCCGCUCCCGGCGUGGGUCAGAGUCCCCGUCUCGCGCUGCCGGGGCUGGGGUGGAGAUCUCCAAAAGGGAGACGGGAGAGAGGAGAAAAUUCCCGUUUAG